AUGACCGCUUCGAAUCCUUCGUCGUUCCCUCCUGUAACUUUGAGUGAAACGCAAGUUCUUAUCUCUUCUCCUAGUCCGCCGGUUUCAGUUGUCACUAUUCGCAGUGAAAUCCCUGAACUACCAACCCCUGAAACUGGACAAUGGGGAACGGAAAAUGGAGUAUUGGCGUCGUCGGAUUCUGCAUCCGCUUCAAUUUUCAAACAACAAAAGCGGAAGAAUGGUGUCGAAAGUGAAACAAGUACGAAAAAAAACGCGCUGUUUCAAAAAAUGUUGCCUCAACGAAACAGACACAGCGGAAGUCAACAAGAACACAAAAACCGAAAUUUUUAA